AUGGAAGGCUCCGACAUCCUUGCGUUUCGCGACUCUGUAGUCGUUUCUAUCCUUGACGUUUUUGGAAUCUCUUAUUUCUCCAUAUUCAUAUUACAGUGCCUCUUCUUUGACUUCCCUGUUGCUCAGUCAGACAUAAUUGACUUGCUUGCAACGCUUCUCUUCGGCAUCGGUGUCAUCUCCUGGUGUCUCUUGAGCCUCGCACAUCGCAUCCUUGUCCUCUUCGGUAGCAAUGGUGCCCCCAAUUGGGAAAAACUUGAGUUUUUGGGUGUUCUACUCCUAAUCUAUACCACAACCAUCUCCUACGUGGCGAUUGAAUUUUCUCCUUACCCCGUUGUCCAACUUGGGUACUCUUGUGCAAUCUCGUUAUUUUUUGUGACGCAUGUCGUCGAGUUGUGCUUGAUUUCUUCAAAUGAACCCACAAUAUGGCUGCAGUUCCAAUAUCACUGCACUUGUUUAGGCUCACUUGCCAUGAUACCUAUACUCCACGCUAUCACAGGCUCAUUAGGGGAACCGACUCAACUUGCCAAGGAAUUCACCCGCCUCGCCGUCUACAAUGGUAUCGGGGCUUUGCAAUACUUAGCCCAGCCAUGGGAGAGGAUAGGUCUGUUUCAUGGUUGGCAUCCCAGUUUGUACAUCAUGCACCUUAUUUUGAUUUUCAAUGCGGUUAUAGCGUCGACAAAGCUUAUCCCUGUACGUUAA